CUCCCUCUCUCUCUCUCUAUCAUUUUCUCUCUCUUCAAUCAUUUUGGGUCUCUCCCAUCCUUUGGGAUCUUCUCUCUCCUCUCCUCCCAUCCAAUUUCUGAGAAUUUUCCAGUCUCUCUCUAUCAACUUUCACACUUUCUCUCUCUUCUGAUACUUUUUGCACCAUGGGUCUUUUGGAUAAGCUCUGGGAUGACACCCUCGCCGGACCACAGCCGGAUAAUGGGCUCAGCAAGCUCAGGAAAUACUCCAGUUUUACGGCGAGAUCAAGCUCUGAUGAGGAUCACCACCACCGCAACCAGGUUUCUCAUAGUAUCACCAUUAAGAAGCCAUCGAAUCUGAGGAACCUGUCUCUAGACUCGGCUUCAACCCCUUCCACCCCCUCUUCUGCCCCUGAAUCUCCUGGUUUAUGGACUCCACGAGGUGAUUUAAGGAGAUUUAGGAUGAAAUCCACGUCCGAAGCUCUUGAGAAGGCCGAACCGAGGAGCCCAACAGUGGUUGUGAUCAGUGCCUUGGACCGAUGAAUCAAGGUACUGUGGUUUUGGUUAAGGCUCCCUUUGUGGGUGUCUCGGCAACAAUGAGUCUCAGAAGAAAAUGGAGUUUUUGUUAAAGCCACUGUAGAAAGAUAAAGGAGUGUGAUAUUGUAAUUAUUUUUCUUUUUGCUUGUUUGUUCUUCCUCUUUUGUAAAAUAUGUCUGAAGAGGUUGUUGUUUCAACCUCAAAUGUACAAUUUGCUUUUGGUGUCUUCUCAAAUUGUACAUGCCCCAUCUGUAACACCUUGUACUCAACUUAUAUUGGUUUCCUUUCUUUCUUGAAAUGAUCUGUAUUGCCUC